AUGUCGUCAGAUAGAUCUCGAAGAGAAAUUAAAGUUAGAGGAAACGAUGCACAACGACUCAAUGCAUUGGAACAAUUGAAACGAGCAAGACAAGGCGGUCAGGCAGCAAUUGCUGAACAAUCGACGAUCACAAAUGAAUCUGAAGAUGUAGAGGGAGACGAAGCGGAGGAGGAGGAAGAAGAUGAUGACUAUGAAAGCGAUUCCGCCAUGUAUGAAGAUAUCAAACCAUCGACAAAACGGAAAUCGAGCAAUUCUCAUCACAAAGAUUCGAAACGUUUGAAGAAAAAACGGCAUUCUUCAGGAAAUGAAGAUGAUGAUGGCGAAGAAGAUCAUCAGAAAACGAAAGCUUCGGAGUCAAAACGUCGCGCACAAGUUUUUGCUAAGCCGCAAGAAGAAUCAACACGCAUGCAGGAUAUCAAAUCGAUGUUCGCCGCCAACAAAACACGAAAUAUACAAAGACAGGAACAAAUUGAAAAAGAUGACUCAGAUAAAUUGUUGUCGGACAUUAUGUUUGAAUUGCAGAAGCCAAAGGCUAAACCAACUUAUCCACUGGCAACGCCAUCCGUAUCGGUACCAGUACAAACGCCAACAGCCGUUGCUCCGAAGAAGCAUGAAGUGAAGCCAGCAGAACUUCCUCCGCCCGAAGAAGUCAAACCAGCAUCGAUGCCCCAACCGUCGUCACACAUACAGAGAGAUCUUGACUGGGGCGAUGAUGACAGUAUGAGUUUCGAUGCUGUAUCAAAGUUGAUGAAUGACGCAGCUCCACCAGCACCACCACUACCACCACCAACGCAUAAAAUUCCCUCGCCACCUUGCGCUUCUAAAUCUUUAAUUCAAUUCGAUACUCAAGAGCUUGAAUUUGUCACUGAUGAACAAUUAUUGAAGUCAGCUCGAACAUUUCACACUUCACCGUCGAAGGAAACCGAUCAGAAUGAAGCGGCUAAUAAAGAUGAACAUUUACGAUUCUUUUGGUUCGACGCUUAUGAAGAUCCAGUUGCUCAACCUGGUAAAUUAUUUCUCUUUGGCAAAAGCCCGUUGUUGAAUGAAGAUAAAACAACGAGCAAAACAUUCGUUAGUGUUUGCUUAAUCGUUGACAACAUUCCGAAACAAAUGUUUCUUGUACCCAAACCCCGUAGCACAGCAUCCGAUGUUGAAGAUGAAUUGUUUAUUAUUGCGAAACGAUUCAAAAUAACGAAUUAUACAUCAUCAAUUGUCAAGAAACGACGCUUCGACCCGGAAUUGGUCGCUACUGAUCUACUCAAUGAAGUUGAUGUCGUCGAAAUGAAAUAUCCAGCUCGUUGUGCUACAUUACCCAGUGAUUUACAAGGUGAUUCAUUUCAAUCGAUUUAUGGUACUAAUCAAACUGCACUUGAAUAUAUACUCAUCGAUAAAAAACUCAAAGGUCCAUGUUGGUUAAACAUAAAAAAUUGUGCACCGGUGAAAACACGGCGCAGUUGGUGUAAACUCGAAUAUGACGUGGAUUAUUAUCAUGGAGCAGAUCGUCAGAUUACCAAUAUUGAAAUUAGUACUGUCGUCUCACCACCACCGCCGUUGGUCACAGUGACUUUAUCUUUGGUCACAUUGCCUAAUACUAAAACUCAUGAAACCGAAGUUAUAUGUGUAUCCGGACUUGUUCAUCAACAAUUCCCAAUGGAUAGCGCUGCACCCAAACGACCAUAUCAAAACUAUUUUGUCGCGUUAACUAAACCCAGUGAUUGUAUUCUUCCACCUGGUCUUGUCAAAGCAGCUGAAUCUCAAAAAAUUAACAUCGCAAUUGUGCCCGGUGAACGAGCCUUACUAAUGUAUCUAAUAUCGAAAUUUCAAUUGUUAGAUCCCGACGUCAUUGUUGGUCAUGAUAUGCGCAUGUUCGGUUUGGAGUUAUUCUUAUCGCGCUGUCAGAAAUUAAAAGUCGGUUUAACAGCAUCCAAAAUUGGCCGACUUCAUCGAACACAUGAUGGAAAAACUAAAGUUUCCACGAUCAAAAAUCCAACCUGCGGUCGUCUUCUAUGUGAUAUCUCAAUCUCCGCACGUGAAUUAUUAACAAAAUGCAAAUCGUAUGAUCUUGAAGAACUGUGCAAAGUCGUUUUAAAUACUGAACAACAGCAACUCUAUCGAGCUUAUUCCAUCGAUCAAACAAGAGAAGCAUUCAGUUCAUCAGUGUCUGUUGUUGACCUUGUUCAAGCAACAUUGAAUAAUACUUCAUUAAUUCUCAAUAUCUUCUGCCAAUUGAUGGUCUUGCCACUUGCAUAUCAAUUGACAUGUAUCGCUGGAAACUUACUAAGUCGAACAUUAGCAGGAGGUCGUUCCGAACGAAACGAUCAUUUAUUAUUACAUGCAUUUACUGAAAAAGAUUAUAUUGUACCGGAACGAACGAUCAUCUCCAAUCAUCGAUCUGCUCUCAAACAUACUCAAGAGAUGCAUAACGAGUCCGAUGAAGAACUCGACGAUGAUCCUAAUAAGAAGAAGACAACAAAACCGUCGUCGACAUCCUACACCGGAGGUCUAGUCCUAGCUCCGAAGAAGGGCUUCUAUGACCAUUUCAUACUGUUGUUGGAUUUCAACAGUUUAUAUCCGUCAAUUAUCCAAGAAUUUAAUGUUUGCUUCACAACUUACAUGAAGAAAUCGAUUCAAUCACGCUCCAACAAUAGCGAACAAGAAACAAAUGAAAUUGACGAUAUUGUUGCCCUUGAUGAAACAAACAAAGGUAUUUUACCACUGGAAAUCUAUAAACUCGUUGAACGACGUCGUGAAGUGAAAAAAUUAAUUAAAGAAAAAAAGAAUCUAACCGAUGAACAACUCGUUCAAUAUGAUAUCCGUCAAAAAGCUUAUAAAUUAACAGCAAAUAGUUUAUACGGUUGUUUGGGUUUCAAGUAUUCAAGAUUCUAUUGUAAAUAUCUUGCUGCUUUCAUUACGUACAAAGGUCGAGAAAUCCUCAUGCAAGCAAAAACUAUUGUCGAACGUAUGAAUUAUGAUGUUAUUUAUGGUGAUACGGAUAGUAUUAUGAUCAAUACGAAUUCUACGGAUUAUGAUCAAGUGAUGGCGAUUGGCGCGAAGAUACGCAAUGAAAUCAAUCGUCAAUAUAAAAGCGUUGAAAUCGGUAUCGAUGGUGUAUUUAAAUGUAUGCUUUUAUUGAAAAAGAAGAAAUAUGCUGCAUUGAUUGUUGAAAAAUCUCCAACACAAGAAUUCACAUACAAAACAGAAUUGAAAGGUUUAGAUAUCGUUCGACGUGAUUGGUGUCAAUUGGCUCGUUCAACUGGAGAAUUUGUCGUAUCAGUUAUUCUCUCUGGUCAAUCACGUGAUGAUGUUCUCGAUACAAUUCACAAUCGCUUACGAGAUCUCGGUGAAGAAAUGCGCGCCGGUAAAGUUGACAUUGCUGAAUAUGAAAUCAACCGACAACUUUCCAAAGAUCCAAGUGAUUAUUCCGAUGCGAAAAGUUUACCGCAUGUUCAAAUAGCUGUUCGCUUCAAUACGAACUCGACGGGAAGAAAAAUGAAGCGCGGCGAUACAAUUGCCUAUAUCGUCUGCGAAGAUGGUACACAAAACUCUGCUAUGCAACGUGGUUACUUACGUGAAGAGAUCUUAUCGUCAUCGUCGUUGACGAUCGAUAUUAAUUAUUAUUUGCAUCAACAACUUUUGCCUGUUAUAUCACGUUUAUUAGAACCAUUUGAUGGUACAGAUCAAGCAUAUCUUGCUCAAUGUCUGGGACUAGAUUCGUCAAAAUACAAACAACGUCAACAAAAGAAUUAUGGAGGCAAGAAUGAUGAAAAUAAUCUUGAUAACGGCAAUGAUGAUUUUGAUGAUGAACUACUUUUCGGGGAAGGCACAGAAGCGUUUAAACAAUGUGAUCCAUUUUCGUUCUCAUGUGUUAAAUGCGACACGUUGAAUUUCUGGAACGCACCAUUUAUUUUCAAUGAAGAUAAGACAUGUGCAUCACCACUUCUUCGAUGCACAAAUGUCAGUUGUUCAAGUCAACCAAUCGACCAUGUCAUCUAUCUACGCAAUCGUCUGACAUUGAUGAUUAGUAAGGCAAUUCGACGUUAUUAUCAGAAUUGGUUACGAUGUGAAGAUGACACGUGUUGUGCAUUUCGAACACGGCAAACACCGUUAGAAGUAUUACAUAAGAGACAUACAUGUACAUCGUGUAAUAAAAGUGAUCUCGUCACCGAAUAUGAUGAUCGUCAAUUGAAUUUGCAACUUCGCUUCCUUAAACAGCUGUUCAAUCUUGAUUCUUACAAGCAAUCAAUCAAUCGAACGAAAUCGGAACAAAUCGAUACUUAUUUGAAAAGUCUACCAGCGGAUACGAUGCGUCUGAUUUCCAAAACAAUGAAUGACCUGCAAGGACAUAUUGAUCGUAUUGUACAAAAAAGCGGUUAUGCUGAAGUAUGUGUUAGUGAUCUCUUCGCCCAAUUUUACUUUAAUACACCAAUCCAAAUGAGUUAG